AUGCAGACGACACUGAAUCCGGUCACGUCCCGGCCUCGCUGUGGAGGGUUCACGUUUGACAGCAGUGCGUUCACCAUCACGAUUGGCAAGACCACGAACCUGAGCUCUGUGAUGCCGCAGUUCGUCUUCCCUGCGGCCUUUCAGGUUCCGCCAGACAGCCGGGAUUUCCCCACGGCCACGAAUCCAUUCACACGCUUUGCCUUUCUCUUCAUCGAGUACACCAGAAACAUCUACGACUGGUCAGACAGCAACCCUCCAUCCAGCGAGAGCAAGAUCAUUACCGUCCACGUCCUCAAGGGCAGCACCUUGGAGCUGGACAACGAGAGCUCCGAGGAGUGGAUCCGCGUCUACGCCGAUACCAGCCUCUUCUCCAACGUAGUCUGUCUCUUCUGGGAUCGCUUCGCGCCGGGCACAGCUGGAGGAGCAUGGUCAUCCACAGGUGUGGUGAACGAUGACACGGGCUGCAUCACGUCUCACCUGACUGAUUUUGGCAUCUUCAUGGACGGCCGCGUCUUCAACGGCUAUGGCCUCGUGGAAGCAGCGCAAGAGUGGGAACGAGAGGUGUGGGUUUCCAACUGUGUGGGCUGCGGGGGCGAAAGCAACCUCACUGUGGUAGCCGUGUUGGGAAUGCUGCUGUUCGCACUGAUCUUGCUUAUCCUGCUCACCUACACGCUGGAUGAGUCGAUGCGGACGCAGCUAUCCCAAAACAAGGUGAAGUCUCGCUACUACUUUGACGGCAAUGGCAUCACCACGCCGUUGAGCAUCGAUGAUCCCAUCGCCUACAAGUUUGCAGAAGGAGCACUGGUCAUGCUUUGGCUGGGCACACUGUGGAACGUUGCGAAAAGAGACCAUGCGCUGAUCAGCACCAUGUUCUACCACGAGACGUUCACAAGGUCUCAUGUACUUCUACAGUGGGAGGAAAGGGUCUUCUAUCAUGGUUUUCAAGCUUAG